ACAAUUGACAAGCGUCAGCCAUCAUUCAUCAAGCAAGAAGCAUUAAGUAAAUCUAAAAAAUUAAAAAUCAAAAAAUGAUAUCGCAAUUAAAUAAUUAAUGAAGCCAUGUAACGUUAGUCGUUAAUGACAAAACAUUUUCUUUUUAUAAUACAAGACCCAUGUAUUAUUUAUACAAAUUAGAAUAAACAAAGUUUGUUGCAAAAUUGAAAGGGGUCAAACAAGUUUUCAAGAUGGGUGGAUGCCGCUGUACAUAUAAAAACUGCAAUGUUAAGUCAGAUGGGAAGACUCAUAUGUUCCACUUCCCUGUGUUUGAGAAGGUCAGAUGCUACCAGUGGCUGGUAAACUCCCGGAGGCUGGAUUUCCUCAAUCUUACAGUGUCUCAAUUAAAGAAUAGAUGUGUAUGCCAGCACCAUUUCCUAAAUGAGUGCUUUAUGAACUAUAAAAAAGACAAACUUACAUUUGAUGCAGUACCGACACUAAAUGGUCCUUAUUGUGAUACUAGUAAAUUUGUGGAACCAGAGGAACCCAAAGAAUAUCCCGUUCCCAUUCUUCUUGAAGAUAUUGAAAAUGAAUUUGAUGUUAAUGACAAAAAAUCAAUUUAUUCUAUGAAAUAUGGAGAUUUUUUAACCAACAAUGAAUUUGUAGAUGCUAGAUAUAAUCCAAAGAAUAUUAAUCUUAACAAAGUUAUUGCAACUGGUAUAAAUUUGAACUCUAGUUCAUUUAUUAAAGGUAAAGACAAAAUUGUAACUGAGCCAUAUAAUUUGAGAUAUUCUUUACCUACAAGAAAGGUAAAAGAAGCAACUGUACAGCCUAUGCUGGUAGUGCCUCCUUACUCAGAUUUAAGUAAUGAACUUAAAUUAGGGAAAGAGUUAAAUUUGGAACAAAACAUAAAUAAUUUUCAUACAAACUUAAGCCUAAACCUAGAAGACAAUAGUGCUGUGCCAAGAAAUUCUUAUGUUAUUGAAUCAGUAAGUACAGCUAGCACUGCUUGUAAUUCUAAUCAAGAUUUUAUUAAAAUAGCACCUAAAGUAAAAAUAUUGUCAGAAAAAAAAAUUGAAGACCCCAUAAACAUUGGUCUCAUUGCUGGAAAAUUUGAAAAGAUAUCUCCAUCCCACCCUUUGACUUUACCAGAUAAAGGGUACAUUCCUAAAAAAGAACCUUUAUUCACACACAAUUAUAAUACAUUGAAAGUAGAAUCUGUUUGUAAACCAUCAAACAAACUGAAAAUUUUGGAAGUUUUGAAUGCAGAAUUCGAUCCUCUACCUUCCAAAGAUGAACAAGUUCAAGGCAAUCAGAUUUUAGAUAUAACAGAAAGAAUACAGUCUCCCACUAAAAAAUCCACACAAAUCAAAAAUAAAGUUACACCAGAAAGGAGUGCAGUAAUUGAAAAAAAGAGAAAGUUUAACAUGCGAUUAAAAGACAUAAUAGAAUCCUGUCUUGAUAAGCUAGAUGAACCGGGAAAGCAUUGUGAAAUUUCACAAAAUCCUACUAAUUUAGAAAAUUCAACAAACAUCUGUGUUAAUGAAGAAAAUAUGGCGUUGGAAAAUAAUAUAAUUAAACCUAAAGAAAAUAAACUUAUUCAAGCAGAAGAUAAAACUUUGCCUAGUGUUCAAGAUAGUACAAUUGCCUAUUUAGAGCAGAGAAUGAAGAAAAUGGAAAGCACUUUGCUGAAUAAAAUAGCGCAAAAUUCACAAGAAAUUGUUGAUUUUAAGAAAAAAUGGACUAAAGACGCCUCUCAACAUAGAAAGAAACGGGAACAUCGUGAUAAUAAGAGAUGUGUCUCUACACAGACUCAUCAAAGUGAAAGUUCAUAUAAAAUGUUCCUGUAUCAGGAAAUAUCUAAAUUUUUAAGUCCAAGUGUGAAUUGUACCAUUUAUGAAGAACUUUUCUUAAACAAAUAUUCAUGUGAGCAAAUGAAAAGUCCUUCAAAGAGAAAAAGAAGAAAAUGUCUUUGAUCCCAAUAAUUAUUAUAUAUUAGGUAUUAAGUAACAGGUAUAAGGUCUAAUUAUUAGUUUAAAUUUUUUUAUAGUUUUAAAUACCUAGUUUGAUUUUUUAAAUAUAAUUAUAGUUUUAUUUAAUUAGUAGUAGUUUUGUUUUUAUGCAUAUAUAUUAAAGACAAAAAAUACAUAUUACAAAUGCG